UUAAAUUCAUUCUCGCAUGUCACAGGUCUGCUAUAGUUCUCGGGACUGUGGCCAACCUCUGUGUGAUGAGAUUGUUUCCACUUUAGGUUGCUAAACUCUUAAGCAAUUAUUAUAACGCUAUAGUUGUAUUUAAAGCCUGUGGUAUAAUCAUACUUAUUUUCGCUGGUUUCCAUUGAUGAUACACAAUAUGACAAAAUUGGCAGAAGAAAUGUGUCAAACUCUUUUGAGUUUGAUUAUCAUUGCAAUUAUAUUGCCAAAUAAUUUGGAUUGCUAUAACAUCGAAGUAAACAAAGUUGGUGUUUUUAGGGGUGACGCCGGUUCGCAAUUUGGAUAUACGGUCGCCAUAGUCAGGGCACCCGGUUGGGUUAACGGAUCUGAUUUUUAUCCUAAAGUACUAUUAGCUGGUGCACCAAAUACAACAUACAAUGGUAUAAGAGGAUAUGGUCAGGUAUAUGGAUGUUCACGACUAACAGAGUCGGAAGGGGAUUGCGAGAUAUUGAACAUAACGGAAGAGUCAAAUAUGUGCGCAAGGUUAAGCAGAUAUUCGUCUUCUCACUGUGAAGAAGACAGCAGACUUGGAGCUACAAUGAAAGUUUACAGAAAAAAUUCUUCAGUUGUGACGGUGUGUGCACCAGGAUGGAAAAAUGUGUUUCCAGAAACUAGACCUAGCCAAUACCAGAAUUAUAUGAUUGGACUGUGCCUGCAAUUAAGAGAUUAUGUGCCGCCAGUCAAUUGUUGGACUAAAGGCCGCAAUAGGUGUUGGCCGUUCUGGGCUUCUCGUGAUACUACGAGUUACAUGGGACGUCCUGCUUUCACAUACGCCCAAGGUGGGAUAUCGGUAGCAUAUACUAAGGAUGGUACUGAAGUUAUAAGUGGUCCAGGAGCGGAUGACUGGAGAGGUGCAUUCAGUAUACCUGCAAAAGACUUGGUACGACGUCGUGACUGGGACGGGGAGAAACAUUCAUUAUAUUUUGGCUAUGCAGUUGCAACAGGCAUCUUUGAAAAGGGCAAUACAGAAAGCAUAGUGGCAGGAAUCCCAAACUGGUAUUCUCCUUAUCAUGGACAUUUAGGCAAGGUAGAAUUAUAUCAUGGGACGAGUAAAUGGGCAGCAAUUCAGUAUGGCAUUGCCCUGCAAUGUAGAGGUCAGCUUAGGCUGGAUUUAGAAAACAUUGAUCGUGCUCAAACAGGAACGAAAUUUGGUGCUACCUUGGAAACAGUUGAUCUUAACGGUGAUGGCAUGGACGAACUAUUGAUAGGUGCACCACUGUACACAGGUGAAAGGCCAGACGAAGGCCGCGUUUUCAUCUAUAGCUCACAAACAGCCUCCGGGUCCGCAGUCUGCGGUCCAAUAGGAAUAUUAUCAGGAGCAGCUACAGUAGCUUCACUCAAAGAAGGGACAGCAAACGCGCGGUUUGGAACAUCUAUAGCAGAUGCUGGUGACCUUGACCUGGACGGAUAUAAAGAUGUGGCGAUCGGUGCUCCUUAUGAAAACAAUGGUGUAGGUGCUAUUUACAUUUAUCUCGGUAAUGUUGAUGCAGGACAUGUAAUAAAGGACUUAUUCUCUCAGAGAAUAGCAGGCAAGGAUUUUGACUUUGGAAUAAAAUCGUUUGGCUGGAGUCUUUAUGGAAAUGAAGAUGUAGAUGACAACAGCUUUCCAGAUCUUGCGGUCGGAGCCUACGGGUCUGAUACAGCUGUCGUGCUAAGAUCAAGGCCUAUUGUGAAGAUAACGAUGGAAGCUGCAGUAUUUCCAAGUCCCAUUCCAUACAUAGGAAAUUCUUUGAGCUGUAGUUUGGACAAUAUUUCCCUCUGCUUCGAACUGACGACUGUUGUCCAGUUCGGUGCAAACGGCACAAGGAAAGGAUAUUUAGACGAAAUUAACAUUGCCUUGCAUCUACACUUAGACGCUGAGUAUGUGAAAGCCAUGGGCUACAGUAGGGUAAUAUUCAGGGGUACAGAUGUAUCAGAAACUCUCUCUGAAAACAUAACACUAAGAAACACUGCAAGCGGAAUUUUCACAAUGAAGUACAUUUUUGAUGUAAAGGGUUACAAGGACAGUCAUGAGCCAAAAGAUGUGUUUACACCUAUUAUCAUAGACAGUAGUUACGACAUACUUCCAGUAAGUGGGGAUGGCGUCACUACUGUGCAGCCAAUUCUUCAUAAAGACUCUACACGUAUAAACACGGAAGUGAAAUUUGACAACAAAUGUGACACAACUGAUGGAUGUAUAUCAGACUUAGAUCUCGGUGUGGAAAUGUUCAUAUUAGAUAAGGAUGGACAAGCAACUCUGGUUCAAGAAGGAACAGUACUGUAUGUUGGUGCCGCAAAUGAGUUAGAGAUUAUAGUUGAUGUAAGAAAUAUUUUACACACAUCUUACAAUGCUGCGUUGACUGGAACAAUAACAUCAAUGACCUCCCAUCACAGAGAUGCUGAAAAUAGUGAUAACAUCGCUACAUGUAAAUAUGACUAUUCAACGAACCGUCAUACCGACCUUACAUGUGAAGCAAACAGAAAGCUUGGGAUGGGUGCCAGUAUUCGAAUAAAGUUGUACUUUAACGUAACCGAGAGACUUUUAGUUCCAGAUUUGAACAUUGGAAAAAUGCAAAACUCACUAAGUAUUUCACUUUACACAUCGCAGGCAAAUCGAGACAGCAAUGCCUAUAACAACGUUUUUGAAAGUCAGAUCAAUGUUAAGCUGAAGUAUGACCUUUUGUUAGAAGUUGACGAAUCGUCGAAAAAAAUUAAAUACAGACCGAAUGACAAAGUGGAUCAAAGGGUUACAUUAUUUCAUAGAUUCUAUAUAACGAAUCAAGGUCCAAGCUUUCUACCAAUGACUUACGUCAAUAUAUACAUACCAGUAAGCAAAGGAGAAAGAGUAAUUGCUGAGGUCAAGAAUGUGUCUGAAGACUGUUCAAUAACUGCCGGACGGCCAAAUAAGAUGGGAAUCUCAAACGAUCGAAACAACCUCACAUCAGUUUCAUAUGACGAUUGGAUUGCUGAUGGUGGAAAGGGAAAACGCAUCUCCUGCCUUGAUUAUGAAUGCCUUGUUGUUGAGUGCAAAGUAACCAAACUAGAAGCAGUACACCGGAAAUCUAUAGAAAUAACAAUUGAUUUAUUAUGGAGUGAGCUAGAUAUCCAGAAGGAUGCUAGUGCAGUGACCUACACAACGAGUGCAUCAGUUACAGAUCCUGUAAUUUGGUACGGGUUUAAAGUAGAUCCAUUCAAGGAACCUUUGUUUAUUGAGAAAACAACAGAAAUUGUAGCUCCUGCCACGCCUAGGACCCAAAUACUCAAGAAUGAACCAUUACAAGAUGGAACAAAAAGUCGAAAAGCAGUUCAGUUAGCUCCGCAGCAUGUAAAACUAAACUUGAAACCAGGAGACCCAGUCGAAAUACUGUUGAAAUAUCGUCCAACCCUUAAUUUGCCCACAGAUAUUUAUUUCGUAAUAGACUAUACAAAUACAAUGAAGGAAAGAUGGGGAGAAACCUAUGGCCUUGUCAGCAAGAGUAUUGAUGUGCUUAGAAAAUCUUAUACAAGCGACAUACAGGUUGGGUUUGGAUCAUUCGUUGAUAAACCGGUUCAACCGUUCUCUAUUACAACGCCACAGCAUUUGGAAAAUCCAUGCAUAUGGAUGCGUACCAAAUGCGACCCGACUUACGGCUAUAUCCAUAGACUUCACCUCAGUAAAGACGUCCAGAAAUUCAUGGACGUCAUGAAUAAAACUCGUGUAUCGGCAAACUUUGAUCCCCUUGAAGGAGGGUUAGAUGCAAUUGUUCAAGCUUCGGUGUGUCCGAAUAUUAUUGGCUGGCGAAACCAGUCAAGACGAAUUCUUGUCUACGUGUCUGAUUCUGGAUUUCACUUUGCAGGAGACGGAAAGUUGGCUGGAAUAGACGAACCCAAUGACGGUUUAUGUCACCUAGCUCCGAAUGCUCAAAGUACAGAGGAAUACAUCUACACACAUUCAAAAGUCCUGGACUACCCAUCGUUUGGUCUGGUAAAGAAAGUGCUCACGGAAAAUAAGAUCAGCUCACUUUUUCUCGUUCCUGAAUCCGAUAAAGAGGUGUAUAAAGGACUUACUGAUUUCAUUGGAGAUCAGUCAUCCACUGCGGAGUUGACAGGUGACAACAUGCGUCUGUAUAGAUUCAUAGAAAGCUUGGCUCGACGACUUUACAUCAUUGCCGAAGAUCUGCCAGAAGGUCUAGAUGUGAAAGCGGAAACGAGCUGCAACAAGCAUGUUGCCAGUACAUUUAACCUCAAGGAGGAAUCGGUGAAAUGUUCUCAGCUUGAAUUAGGGCAAGAGGUUGAUAUCCGAGUUACAAUUACUCUAAAUGGAUGUCCGAAGAAUGGGAAAAGAAAGAACAUCAGACUGGUACCAUCUGGUGUACAGGAAUCCGUUCUGAUAGAAACUGAAUAUGCUUGCGAUUCUGACUGAAUCAUUGAAAGACAUUUCAUUUUUUGUCGAUGACCUAUGUUAUGAAACUUUUCACUCUCAAUUCUAUCACCCUAAAAUCCUGUUAUAGUAUUCUAAAUAAUAAAUUAUCUAAAUCCAAGUCACACAAUACUAAAUAGUUAACAUAUUUCACAUAUAAGUGUAACAUAGUUAUUCAAGGAAGUCAAUUUAUUUUUACUUUUAGCUCACCUGUCACGAAGUGACAAGGUGAGCUAUUGUGACCGCUUGAUGUGCGUAGUCCGUCGUCCAUCGUCAGUCGUGCGUCGUCCGUCAACAAGUUCUGAAAAAAAUCUUCUUGAAAAUCACUGGGAAGAAUUACACUAAACUUCACAGGAAUGAUCCUUGGGUGGCCCCCUUUCAAAAUUGUUCAAAGAAUUGAAUUCCAUGCAGAACUCUGGUUGCCAUGGCAACCUAAAGGAAAAUAUUCUUGUUCAAAACCACAUGGCCGAGGGCUUUGAUAUCUGGUUUGUAGCAUCAUCUAGUGGUCCUUUACCAAAAUUGUUCAAAUUAUCCCCCUAGGGUCAAAUAUGGCCUCGCCCCGGGGGUCACAUGGUUUGUAUAGACUUAUAUAGGGAAAACUUUGAAAAUCUGUUUGUACAAAAUCACAUGGCCUAGGGCUUUGAUAUUUGGUAUGUAGCAUCAUCUAGUGGUCCUCUACUAAGAUUGUUCAAAUUAUCCACCUAGGGUUAAAUAUGACCCUGCCCCGGGGGUCACAUGGUUUAUAUAGACUUAUAUAGGGGAAAUAUUCUUGUACAAAACCACAUGGCCUAGAGCUUUGAUGUUUGGUAUGUAGCAUCAUCUAGUAGUCCUCUACCAAGAUUAUUCAAAUUAUCCCCCUAGGUUCAAAUAUGGUCCCGCCCCGGGGGUCCCAAGUUUUACAUAGACUUAUACAGGAAAAAAGUUUAAAAAUCUUCUUGUCUGAAACAACAACACUUACACCUUUGAUAUUUGGUUUGUAGCAUUGUCUUAUGGUCCUCAACCAAAAUUGUUCAAAUUGUACCCCUUGGGUGAAAAGAGGCCCUGCCCUGGGGGUCCCAAGUUUUAUAUAGACUUAUAUAGGAAAAAGCUUUAAAAAUCUUCUUGUCUGAAACCAUACGACCUAGGCUUUUGAUAUUUGGUAUGAUGCAUUGUCUUGUAGUCCUCUAACAAAAUUGUUCAAAUUAUGCCCCUGGGAUUAGAAGAGGCCCUGCCCUGGGGUCACUUAGUUAUUAUGUGAGUUAUAUAGGAAAAAUACUGAAAAAUCAUCUGAUCCUAUUUCGAAGACUGUUUAAUUAUAAUUCCCUGAUGACCCCAAGUAAUAUGAUGUCACAUGAACUACAGACCUACUUUCUUGUUUUUUAAGAUACAGCCUUGAAAUUUUGAUGACAUAUACAGUUUUGCACACAAAUCGUCAAACUGAAUUUCAUUGACCAUGAAUGUGACCUACUGACUUUCUUAAUAUUUUAUCAUCAUUUUAUCAUUUGAAAUAUGUAGUUCAUAUUGCUCAGGUGAGCGAUCCAGGGUCAUCAUGACCCUUUUGUUAUUUUUCAAUACGUUUUAUGUUACAAAAUUAGGCAGAAAUGUAAAUCCAAUAUCUUAUAAAACAAUUGUCUCCUUUUUGUGUGACAGUAAACAGUGCUGUGUUUUUCCCAUCUUUGUAAUCGGACGCUGUUAUUUAAGUAAGCAAGUUUUGAAUAAUAUAGAUAGGAUGAUUUCAUAUAAAGAGAAAAUAAAUACUUAGUAUAGCAGCA